GCUGUCUACCUGUUCCUAAUCCUUUCCCUCGUACAAAACAUACCUCACUACGACAUUGACAUCCAUUACAUUUCCCUUGAACUGAUUGGAUGCCCCGGGCUGGCAGCUAAGAAGGAUAGGUACACCGGCUUUGUCCCGCCGCGCGCUGCAAGACUGAAACAUUAUCCGGUCCUUAACCGGAGGGGAGGGGGGGCGAAGCUUUACCAUUCCACGCGCCUAUCGAGAUUUAAGAGACAUCCUAAAUGUCGACCUCACCGACUCGAAAUCAAGGCGGCGGUCUCCCUACAAAAAGCGUUACCAACAACAGCAAUAAUGCGGCUGCUCUCUCGGCCGCCUUGAAGGGCGCAACUCUUGCUUUCAACGCCCAAAAGGCUACCGCUGCUACGAAUAAUAAGAACGCUGCUGAGACGAAACAGACGUCGAUAUCCCCGAAUCGAAACACGACGCAGAACAAUACUACGAGGACGAGAACAACCGGGGCCGGGGCCGGGAACGGGGCUUUCCUUGCGGCGAAUCAUGCCGCGAGAGAUGCCUCUGUUUCACAGACACGAUCGCGGGCGAGUUCGGUGGCGCACAGUGCUUCUGGGAGACUAGAGAUUGGGAGGCAGGAGACGGGGGGUAGUUGGAGUAACCAGGGGGUUAGGGAGGAUAACAUUGAAAAGGAUGAUGAUGGGCUGGUGGCUCAGAGAGUGGCUCAGUAUCUACAUGCGGGCAGUGGGGGGGGGAUCAGCCCGGCAAUCGUCUGCCUCGUUUAUAGCUGCCACGCUCGCCGCCAGCAGGUCUACUUCUCCGAUUCCGAACACGAACCAAAAGGCAAACAACAAUGGUGUUACCCAGACCCGUCCGGGUAGGAGCAGGGGACAUAGCACCGGAGCUGCGAGCGUGUUGUCUAUGGCGCCGAGCUUAGGUCCGAAGUCGGUAGAUGCGCUGGAUACCGAGUCGAUAAUGCCGACGACGUCUUUGGUGUCGCUGUUUGAAAGCAAGGGCGGGGAGGAUGUUGACCCUGUUAAGAAGAGGGACGCGCCCACACCUAGGCAGCAAAAGGUAUCACCCUCGCUGUCACCGAGGGGUAGGAGCCCUGGGCCGGCUGGUGAAAGGCAGACACAGGAAGUGCUGGACGAACAACAGACCAAGACAAAGCCUAAACCAAAACCGAAGCCUAAGCCUAAAAAGACGCCCGUGUCUACUGAGAAGCCUAAAGCUGAGGGUGAGUCAAAGCUUGAGCAUCAUGAGAUAAAGCGUCCUGGCACGCCUCCUUCGAAAUUCUCUUCGCCUGCUGUUUCUACACAAGUUGUCUCUCAACCAAGAAGGGUUGCUAAGACGGCAAAACUGGAACCCCCGGCAUUACCACCUGCUAGGAAUACCAGUGACAAGAAUACGAAAACACCUACUGUUGAGGUUACUGCUAUCCGGUCGACCAGUAUGGAGGAAGCCAGGCCUGAAGAGAAGCAAACUGCCAAUGUGGUUGAGCAGAGGCCAGUCCCGGCAGCGCCAGUCAUGCGUCGGGUGUCUGAGUGCUCAAUGUCUUCUGAUGACAGCUUCGUCUCAGCAUCCUCAGCUCAGCAACCAGAUCCGGAAGAAGUUGAGGAACCUACCCCUCAAGAACAAGACAACAAGCCCCAAGAGCAACAACAACAACAACAACAACAACAACAACAACAAUCAAAACAAGCACCCAAACCACCCAAAUCCCGUCGCCGCCCAGCCUCCUCCCCACCACCACGCCGGCCUUCAGCACCAAGGCUAUCAACCCCCAACCUCGGCCUCGACUCCCUCACCAACGCCAUCGUAGCCAGCAACUUGGCUUCUUCCCGACUAACCCCCUCCCCAUUAGCACCACCCCCCAUCCCUCCUCCUUCUAGACGCCAUAACCCCCACCACCAUCACAACGAUAAAUCCCACAACGCUUCCCUUCCGCAGAGAACAGUCGACUCUUUGACGCCUCAUCGCAGUGGCAACUCCAAAUCGGGAAGUCGCUCCCCAAAACGGACGGGAAUGCUCACCACCCUCCGGCAACCCCCCACGUCUCUGUCAGAUGACGAAGACGCCAGAAGGAAAAUGCAUAGGCACGCCCACCGAAAGGGAAAGGUGCUCGGUCAUCACAUACCCGGCCGGAGGAACCACGCUCACCACGAGGGGUCGAGAUCGAGGUGGAGGGAUGAGGUUACGGCAGGGCAGAGGAGGAGGUAUGAGGCUGUUUGGGCGAGCAAUAAGGGGUUGUUUAUGAGGCCGGGGUGGGGGUUUACCGGUGGGGAGGAUGAUGAUGAGGAAGGGAGGGCACAGGCUGGGACGAAGGAGGCAGAGUUGGUUGUUAAUGUUGUGGUGAGGGAUAUUUGGGACAGGAGUCGGCUGCCGAGGGAGGAGUUGGCCGAGAUAUGGGGGUUGGUUGAUCGGGGGGGAAAGGGGGCGUUGGGACGGGAGGAGUUUGUGGUGGGGAUGUGGCUCGUCGAUCAGAGGUUGAGGGGGAGGAGGUUGCCCGGGAGGGUGGGGGGGAGUGUCUGGGAGAGCGUGGGGCAGGGGGUGGUGAGGGUUUUGCCGCCGAAGGGGGAGUUGAGGAAGAAGAGGUGAUGGUGGGGGUUGAUGAUGGGGGGGAAUAUAAGGUGUGGUGAAUACAUAAUAAACUGGGAUGACCGAUGAUGGGAUUCGCUCAAAGGACAAGAGCUAUAUAGCUGACGUUGACUUUACUUGUUACCUAUGUAUGUACCUAUGCAUGUAUACGAGGGAUGAAAUAUAGAUAUUAAUGAGCCAUGAGGUAAAGGGGGUGCUUACCUCAUCCCAUACCCCCUUUCUAGAAACCAACUUUGAAGAAAAGUAGAUGAAUGAUGCUGCCUAUGGGUCGCAGUCAUGACACUGAUGGUUUUUUUUUUUUUUUUUUAAAAAAAAAAAAGGGGAAAAAAAAGAAGUAUCGGUACUUCAACCGAGCACUGCACAAACA